UUUUAUUUAAGUUUUUAAAUGUCAAGUCUCGGAUUCUCCACUGAAUGCCUUCAAAAUCCCAAUAGACACACCAAUCUUGAAGCUAUUUUCCAAUAGACAAGCCGUGUGUUUAGGACUACCAAAAUUUGAUUUGUCCAGCGCGAUGCCAUACCACGAUCGGGCCAAAGCCCGAUUGGAGAACGAGGUGGUUCUCCUGCGUGGCGAGGUGUCCUCGCUGCGCUCCAAGCACAAUCAGCAUCGUAAGUAUCGGCAGGAGCAGGCGGUUCUACAGGCGCGUAUGGAGCAGGAGAUCCAGAUUCUACAGAGCGAACUAGCCGCAGCUCAAUCGAAUCGGAAUGAGCGAGAGAGCGGUGGAGCCGAGCAGUGUUCCCGUUUGAGCCAGCAGCUGGAGAAACUUGACGAGCACGUGGCUAAGCAGGAGAAGUACAUUGCCUUCCUGGAGGAGCAGAUCAAUCUCACACGCAACAAGUAUCAGCAACGUAUGACCGAAGUCCGGCAGAAUGCCGAGCUGGUAGAAAAGGAGAUGAAGCGGGUGCGGCGCGAGAUGAAGACCAUUGCCGAGCAGGCUGGUGAAGUGGACAGCCUCAAGCACCAAGUGGGUUUCCUCACCGCCAAACUGGAGCGCCGGAACGCCAUCAUCUCCAAGUACGAAGCCCAGCAGGAGGAAAUGAUAAGUAUCAUGGCAAGUCUCCAGAAGAAGAAAGAUAAAAAAAAGCGUCAUCAGAAGAUCCACCAUGUCGAUAAAGCUGAUGCCAGUUCGAUCCCUUCCGAACAGCCACCACUUCCUAAGCCGAGUGAUCAAAGAAAGAGUGAUCGCAAAAAACUGAAAUUUGGCGAAGGCGAUAAGGAAGAUUCCAGCUCGACGGGCUCUGAUAGGCCACCAAGUUCUGAGGCGAAACCCAAGUCUUCAAAACUCCGAUCCCUUAACUUGGACUGUCUCUCCUCUGCGCUAAAAAAUAAGUUAAGUAACCAGCAACAGCCAACUGUCGAAGAAUGAUCUAUUAUCUGAUGGAUAUUCAAAUUUAUGGUUUUUAGAUAAGCUUUUUACAAAAUUUCUUCUGUAACCGAAUAUAUCUGUAAAAAUUGUUAUGCACAUAUAUAGAUCUCAUAUUAACAGUAAAUGAAUAAACUAACCAAACGGAA